CAGCUUGCCAUCCUUCCUCCCUCCUUUUCCUCAAUUUCACGUCCUUUCUCCUCCUUAUCGUCCGCCAAGCAUGGUGCUGCUGGACAGCCCCCGUCGCCGCUAUUUGUACCUUGGCCUUGCUUUGCGUCUUGUUCUCAUCCUCUUCGGCCUCUACCAAGACGCCCACCUUGCCGUCCCUUACACGGACAUCGACUACUCCGUCUUCCAAGAUGGAGCACGCCACCUUGUACAUGGCUGCCCACUCCACGCCGCAGUCCCGCCGCACAUGGAACCCAUGGAGACGCUCAACGAGUUUCUCGAGCCUCCUCUGGCACCAGUGCAUGGGUGUGCGCAGGGCUGGCUAGCAUUGGGAGCGCGCUACAUCCUGCAGCAUGAGGAUAUUCUUACGGCGAGGUCCAGGGGAAGACAGGCGGCUGAGAUCGCGAGAAAGGAUCUGGGUGAGGAGGCAACCUUGUCACUUAUUGAGCCCAAUAUUGUCGAGACGACACUGCUACCCGUCUCGCUGGCGAUCCUCAAGCCUAUACUCAAGCCGCUCGCAGCAAUGGGCAAUCCGUACGCGAGGCCGACGUACAGGUACACCCCACUGCUCGCUGUGCUGAUGGCGCCGGGAGCGUGGAUAGGAGGAGCAUUUGAAAAGGUGUGGGGCAAGCUGCUCUUCGUUGCUGGAGAGAUCUUGGCCGCACUCCUCAUGUGGGACCUGGCGCGAUUCAGACGGCCAGCAGCAAAGAGGCAGCCGACAUCUACUUCCCGUCUGGCUCUCUUGGGCGAUGUGACACACGCAGUCGGGAUCCUUUGGCUUCUCAAUCCUUUUCCUGCGCAGAUCGCCACCCGCGGCAGCUGCGAGGCUCUCGUCGUCUCCCUUGUCCUCGCUUUCGCCUCAGCCGCUGUGCGCAUUGUAGAGGGCGAAGCAAGCUUCGAGGCUGGCCUGAUCACGUCAGAGGAUAGGCCAGAACAGGCAAGCAACGAUAGCAAUGACCCUUCAAUCAAUACCGCAAAGCCAGCUGAGGGCAAGCCGACCCCGCAGUCAACAGCGCCUCCUCCGCCGGGCCUUGGUCUCCUCCCCACGCUUCCCCUCCCGCUUCUGGCGGCACCAGUCCUUCUAGCCUUAGCAGCACACCUCAAGCUCUACCCGAUCAUCUAUGGUCUUCCCCUCCUCGCCUCUCUCUUGCCCCAUUCACGGCGACGGUGGCUCGACGCCCUCGGCUUCUCUGCAAGCGCAUCGUACGCCUUCCUCGGAUUGAGCGGCUUCGCCUGGCUCGUGUGGGGGCAGCCAUACCUUCAGGAGUCUUUGCUGUACCAUGUGGGGAGGGUGGAUCACAGGCAUAACUUCUCGCCGUACUUCUUCCCACUUUACCUUCUGCACACGCCGGCCCAGGACGGGUGGUUGCCUGCGCUGGCUGGUGGUGGAGUUUGGGCGGGAGAAGCAGCUAGCAGGCUGGGCGCGUUCUUGCCUCAGCUGGCUGUUGUGGCUUGGAUCGGGGUGAGAGUGGGCAAGAAGGACUUGAUUGCAGCCAUGGCGGCACAGACGAUGGCAUUUGUGGUGUGGAACAAGGUCAGCACAAGUCAGUACUUUAUCUGGUACAUCGCAUUCCUGCCCAUCCUUCUGCCUUCACUACGCUUCUCCUCCCCGCUCGUAGGCUGGGCCAGCCUCCUAGUAUGGGUCGCCACGCAGGCGCUCUGGCUUUCGCAAGCGUACCUCCUCGAGUUUGAGGGGCAGGACGUCUUUGUGCGCGUAUGGGCGGCAGGACUUGUGUAUGUCGUGGGCAAUGCGUGGGUGUUGGAACGAUGCCUGGAUGCGUGGGCACGGGGAAGAAGGGAUGCCAGGGAGCAGGAGCAGAGGGACCGAGAGAAGGCGGUGGCAGGCAAGGAGGUUGAUCGGGAGAAGGCAGUUACGGCCGCAGAGGCAUCGGCUUCGUCGCGGCCGGCGUCUGAAUAGCUUUCGUCGCAACAGACUGCAUUUAUCGUAUCUCUGACAAUCAGGAACCCUCGCAGACGUAUCCGCACUCUUCAACAGUAUCCAUUGCCUGCUACGCCGCUGCUGAUGUAGAAGGGAUAGGAUGGGCGGGGCUCUUCUUGACAGGUAUCGCCUCCUCCAGCUUGUCUGACGCAACAAUUCCGAGA